GCGAAUAAAUUGUUCAUAAUAGUCAUUUAUAAUCAUACAUACUUAUAAAGAAAGCCAAGACUACACAGGCCGCCAUUUUUUUGGUGAAAUUUGACGACAUUCUACCGUAUAUGACGUCAGAGGCAAAAACAAAAUGGCGACGGCCAUACGUGUCUGCUUCCGCAUUCGUCAACAAAACAGACGUUUUUCGCCAAUUUUCUUCUAAAACGGGACUCGAGACAAUAAUAUUCAACAAAAUGAGUUGGUUCGAGCCAUCAUCUUUUACCAGUCUUGCCAAGACGGCCCUGAAUUCGGCACAGAAGUCGAUAGACCGGGUUUUGGACAUCCAAGACGAAGGCGGGGAGACUGGUACCGGAGCUGCUGCCAGCUUGUCACAGACAACAGUUAAGAAGUCCGCCUCCGGUGGCAGCUGGACAUCCUGGAUCUCACCAACAUCCAAACAGAAAUCCUCGUCUUCCCCUACACCAUCAUCUGCUCAGAGGAAAACAUCUCCUCCAAGGAAUGUAGAGACAGAUGAAUUCUUCGCAGACUUUCUUGGCGGAACUUCAAAGCCUGGCAAAUCUCCCAGAGUAGACUUGAAACAGCCUGCCAACACCACACCAGUACCCAAACAGUUACCUACCACCUCUCCAUCUGAGACCAAACUGUCCCCCCGACCAGGAGGACUUAACGCACUGUCUCCCAGUGACAAACAGAAGCAAAGAAAAAAGCAACCAGGACAGUUCAAACUCCAGGUUGCUACGUCCCCAACAUCCUCAACACCACAGGCAAAAGAAAAUGUAAAAAAUGACGCAGUGGUUUCCAUUAGCCUUACAGAGGAGAGAAAUACGUCAGGAACUAGAGAAAGCUUGGACGUCAUGUCUACUAGUUCCCACUCGGACUUGUCUGCGAGUUCUGAAAGUCAGUCUGCAUCGGAAAGCAGUCAGGAAAAGGAAAUGGAUUCGAGCGGCACGGGAAAUGCCUUUAAUAAAAUGGUGGAUCCUCUCGGAGGUUUCAAGCUAGAUGAAAUUCAGAUAAAUCAUUUGGAAAGUGAACCAGAAGUCAAAGGUCUCACUGUGGACUCCGUAGGUGUGUCUAGUAGUUCUAGUUUAGAGAGUGGAGAAAAAGAAGACAGCAAGAACGGACAAAAUGCCAAUUUUGAUACAAGCACUACUGCCAGUUCAGUUAUAGCAGACAAUUUGAAUAUCAGUGACAAUGCUCAAGCAGAAACGAUAUUGAAAACGACACCAGAUGAUUCGAGUAUGUCAGCUUCGGAAGACGAGAACAAAACACAGACACAGGCAACCAGUCAAGAACAAGUUGGAGACGAGAACAUGACAAAUAUCUGUGAUUCAGUACAGACUGUAGAUAGAACAGCACUUGAAACAUCUAUCCAACAGACAGCAGUGUCAGAGGAAAAUGAAGAAAUCAGCUUAACCACGAAUUUGGACGAAGUUACAAGAAACAAUACAGAAGAAGAUGAUCUAAGCCUAAGACAAGACGAGCCACAACACUCAAGAGAAGAAGAACCACCUCCUGUGAGGAAAGAAGAAUCAUCUGAUGUUGAAGAAACAACUUUAACUGAAGUCUCUUCAAGUAGUGUAGAGAAGGAAAUGCCAAAAUCUAUUAGCCAAGAGGAAGACACUACUGCCACUGGUCAGGAAAUGUACAGAGAACAUGACGCUAACCCUGAGGCAGUGGACAUGGAAUGGGAUUGUGAGAAGGAGGAAAAUGUUUCUCAAGAUAUUCCUGAUCCUUCAGAGAUUUGUGAAGAAGAGGAGGAAGAUCAAGUACCCAACAGUCCAAAGGAACACAAUCACGAGGAGACAGACUCAACUGACAAAAUAGAUGACCAACCUGAAGAACCAUCAGAGUCAAGAGACACCCAACAUGUGAAGACCCUAGAUGAUACAGAUACAACAACUGAGUCCAUUCUGGAUGUAGAGUCCGCAACCGGACCACUGGACAAUGACACAAGUCCAGACUAUGUCCAGGACAGCAGUGGUCAGCAGGAACAGCUAACUGAAGAGGACAUUCCAUCACAGAAUAAUGCCCUGGACCCACAGAAGUUACUUAAGGACCAUCUUGAAAUGACGACCAUCUUGAAAUGA